AUGACUCGUCCCCCAGUGGUCCGUGGAAUCUUUUCGUUAGGUCUUUCCGUAGCCGUUUUGAAAGGUGUUGAAAAAACAGUUCGUAAGCAUUUAGAAAAGCAGGGAUGGAUAGAACCUCAGAAAGUGGACUAUGAGUUGAUUUUUACCAUAGAUAGGUUGAAAAACUUGGUAGAUGAUAAGCGUGAAUCCCUAACUGCAGAACAGCUUGAUACCGGUGAAUUGAGCUGGCGUAAAGUAUUCAAUUUCAUUUCAAGACAAUCCAGCGAGCUGGACACACGAAUAUACGUUCUUAUACUACUCCUAUCCUUUCUGGUACCUAUUGCGUGGACCGUGCUGGACGGCGAUCACGAGGGUACGCUAGAAGAUAACGACAACGACAUUAAUAUGGAUCUUAUUGAGAACGAAAGAAGGCAGAAGCACUACAAUGAUGGUGAAAGGGCAGUAUUGCAAUUUGGUAAAAACAGAUCCGAACCUAUUAUAUUGAGCUAUAAGGAUAUGAACGUUUCUGAAGGAGAACGUGAGUUCACCACCAAGAAAGAGCAUGGUAAUGGCCGUCUGAUAAGCAAGAGCGAAAAUGCACUGGACGAAGUGGGGAGUGAAGAUGUCUCUGGUUGUCAUCCGGAAAAACAACUGGAAGAAGACAACAAUGAAUUGAGUGAAGAAGAAAAUGGUGAGGAUGAUGAUAACAAGGAAAAGGAUCGCUGCUCCAGUUCGGAAGUAGAAUCGCAGAGUGAAUCCAAGAAGGAAAGUACUGCAGAGCCUGACUUGCUCUCGCGGGAUACCAGAACAACGUCCUCCCUUAAAUCAAGUACAUCAUUUCCCAUAUCAUUCAAGGGCUCAAUAGACCUUAAAUCGUUAAACCAACCUUCAUCGUUGUUGCAUUUACAAGUAUCACCCACAAAAUCCACUAAUUUAGAUGCUCAAGUGAACACUGAACAAGCAUACUCUCAACCAUUUAGAUACUAA